UAUUCUCAUUCUCUCUUGCUUUAUCUCUCUCUCUCUCUCUCUCUUAGCUUGGCAAAACUAAACCCUCCUCCAUUUGAUGUGAUUCUCCACUAAGAUCCCCCAAAACCAACCCCAACUUUACAAAAGAGAAGUAAAGAUCAUCAAUUCAGACCUCAACACUAUGGUUUUCUCUUCAAUUCCUGCUUAUCUUGAUCCCUCCAACUGGCAACAACAGCAACUGAAUCAUCAUCUUCAAGGGGGGAGUAGUGGAAUUCCAACUCCUCACCUGGCGGCGGCGGCUGCGCCGCCGCCGCCGCAGCCGGUGGUUGGCGGUGGAGGAGGAUCGAUCCGGCCGGGGUCGAUGGCGGAACGGGCGCGGUUGGCUAAUAUGCCGACGCCGGAGGUGGCGCUAAGGUGCCCUAGAUGUGAAUCCACGAAUACGAAGUUUUGCUAUUUCAACAACUAUAGCCUCUCGCAGCCGCGCCACUUUUGCAAGACGUGCCGGCGAUACUGGACAAGAGGCGGCGCGUUGCGGAGUGUUCCGGUGGGCGGCGGCUGCCGGAGGAACAACAAGAGGAGCGGCAAAGGCGGUGGCGGCGGCGCGAGUAGCAGUAGUUCGAAGUCUACUUCCUCCACCACCACCGCGAGUAACGAUCGCCAGCAAAGCAAUAAUUCCGGCACGGUUUCCGCGGUGUCGGGGCCCACCACCGCCCAUAACUUACUCGGCCUUUCACCGCAAAUCCCGCAACUACCUUUCAUGUCGUCGUCCCCUAUCCCCCAACUCUCCGACCAUCACUACGCCGCCGGAAUUUCUCCCGCCGCCGAUAAUCUCCUCGGCGGCGGCGGCGAUAAUCUCCUAGGCGGCGGCGGAGGCGUGGCUUCACUUCUAUCCCCCGGCGGCGGCAUUAUUGAGCCGUGGCGGCUCCAACAACCGCCGCAGUUCCCGUUCCUCGAUCCAAUGUACAAUUUCCAUGGCGGUUUUGAGUCCCCAACCGGCUUCAUUGGCGGCGCUCCAUUUAGGCAAAGGAUUUCUUCCGCCAUGUUAGCUCAACUCGCAGCGGUGAAAAUGGAAGACACUAACAACAAUCACACCAUCAACAAUCAAGAAUCGAGCUUGCCGAGACAGAUUUUGGGGAUUAAUAACAAUAUUAUUAAUCCAGGUGGGAAUGAGCAUUGGAAUGGCGAUAACAAUGGCGGCGGGGGAGCUUGGAGUGACAUUUCUGCUAGUUUCAGUUCUUCUUCCACAAGCAACACUCACUUGUAAAACCCUAGAUCCAACCGGUAGCUUUAAUUUUCUGUCUUUUAAGUUUUAAUUCCAUUGCUGCUUUCAUCUCAUCUUCUGAAAUGUUUGGAGAAAUAUAUGUUUUUUUUUUUCUUUGUCGUGUAAUUUUUUGUAACUUUUUUAUUUUAUGUUAGACGUA